AUGAAGGCCUUUGUGCAGCAGGCGUGCUCAGAGCUUCCUGGUCCUCCAUCCAUCCAUCUGAACUCAGAGUUGCAGCUGAACCAGUCAGACAAUGUUCUGCCCGCCAAAUCUGCCUUCAACAUCAGUUGCCAUGGAAACGGCUCAGUCCACUUGUUUACGACUGCGUUACGUCUGAGGUUUGGGGAAAAACUCGGGGACGUGCUGGAGGUGAAGAGGGCGGGACCCAGACAUACUGGCAUGUAUGGGUGUGAGUACACCAACAAGAGCCUAGGUCACCUGACCACCUGGAUCCACCUAUUCGUCACAGACCUGACUCAACCCUCCACUGUGUUCGUCACACGUCGCAACAAACCCAGCUUCAAGGAGGGCGACGACUUCCUGUUUGAGUGUCUGCUGACCGACCCCUCUGUCAAAAACCUCACCCUCCAAUCGGAAGACAGGGGGAGGAGCCUCCCUCCAGGUAUGAACGUCACAGUUGACCCUCGUACAGGAGCCCUCAUCCGACACCUAAGGAAGUCCUUCAGAGGAACGUACUCCUGUUCAGGGUGGAAGGACGGACAAGAGUUCAGAUCACAGCCGUUUGACCUGCUAGUGGCCUCCAGGCCUCGUGACCCCCCCUCCCUGUCUGUGAGUGAGACUGAAGUUGUACAUCUGAUAGGAGAGCAGUUUCAGGUCACCUGUCAAGCCAGUAACCCCUCCCACUCUUACAGUGUGAAUUGGAAGCACCCACUCAUGCAGAACAUCAGCAUCACCAUCACACGUUAUUACCACCACAACCGCCACUACAUCAACAGCACGCUGAAAAUCCCCGCCAUCAACCAGACCCACGCUGGACUGUACAGCUGCAUGGCAGUUAACGAAGCAGGGGUUUCCACGGCAACCACACAGCUCAGAGUUCUGGAUCAUCCUUACCUGGUAAUCUACCUGAACCUGCAGAGCACUCCCGCUAACACCAGAACUAUGUUGGUCGCAGAAGACCUAAUGGCCAACGCCAGCAGCUCCCAGGUGGAUGUUCAGGGCAAUCAGGUGGAGAACAUCAGUUCACUGGAAGUGAAGGGAAAGCUCAUUGCUAAUGUUAGCACAGAGGAAACAAAUGUGAAUGGGAGCAGAAGUAUUAACAUUAGUGACAUCAGCAGAGCUGAGAUGUACGAAGGCAGAGACAUGACAAUCACCUUUGUGAUUGAGGCGUAUCCUCCAAUCAGGAACCACUACUGGACGACACCAGAGCAUGUACACCUUGAUGACUACCGGUACAUUGCAUACCAGGAGAACUACACUGCUAAAGGCUUCAGGAUGGAGUCAAGCCUGCGUCUGCGGCCAGUACUUCCUGAGGACAGAGGUCGAUACUCAUUUCAUUUUUCCAACCCGUUCUUCAAUGGCUCACAGCACGUGGACCUCCAGAUUUUUUGGUCUCCGUCGGUGGCCAUCUCCAAGACGAACGACUCUGUGAGCUGCAGCAGCUCGGGAUAUCCACUACCCAAAAUCCUCUGGCUCACAUGCCCUGGCGUGCAGGACUCGUGUGACGAUGGCUCCGCCCACAAGGUGUCCCCUGUGACAUCACAGGAAGAGGAGGAGGAAGUGAGGACACAGCUCCCUCUGUCAGCUGAUGGGGAUGAAGUCACGGUGGAAUGUGUUGCCUACAACUUGGCGGGCGAGUCUCGUCGCGCCUUUGUCCAUCGGCCUCCACCACAUCAGCCUGUCUUCACUCCACCUCUGAUUGGAGCUCUAACUGCUGCCUCUGCUCUCCUCCUGCUGCUAUUGGUCGUCUUUUACAAGUGGAGGCAGAAACCCAAAUACGAGAUCCGCUGGAAGAUCAUUGAGAGCACCGAUGGGAAUAGCUACACAUUCGUGGACCCUACCCAGCUGCCGUACAAUCAAAAGUGGGAGUUUCCUCGAGACAAACUGCGACUUGGUGCAGUUUUGGGUUCAGGGGCAUUUGGGAAGGUUGUCGAGGCAACAGCAUACGGUCUGGAAACCGACAACAAAGCUACCAUAGUGGCCGUGAAGAUGCUCAAACCGAGAGCUCACUCGGAGGAACGGGAGGCCCUCAUGUCGGAGCUAAAGAUCCUCAGCCACCUUGGUUACCAUGACAAUAUUGUCAACCUGCUAGGAGCGUGCACUCGUGGAGGUCCUAUGCUGAUGAUCACAGAGUACUGUAGCCAUGGUGACCUGCUCAACUUCCUGCGGGCUACCGCUCAGGACUUCGUGGCAUCCAUGUGGAGUGUGGAGGAGAUGGAGAAGGAGGUGUCCUACAAGAACAUAGCGACUCCUCCUGCCAGGCUGCGCAGUGACAGCGGGAUCUCAUGCUGUUCAGAGUACCAGGAGAUGCAGCCAAUUCUGAAUCCGGGACACCCUCAACAGGUUAAGCAGUCUGGCAAUGGUCUGUCUGUCUGUGACCUUGUGAAGUUUUCCUGCCAGGUGGCUCAGGGUCUGGACUUCCUGUCCACCAGAAAUUGUAUCCACAGAGACGUGGCUGCCAGGAAUGUGUUGCUGACAGAUCAUCGUGUUGCAAAGAUCUGUGACUUUGGUUUGGCUCGAGACAUUCGGAAUGAUGACAGCUACAUUGUUCAGGGAAACGCCCGUCUUCCAGUGAAGUGGAUGGCGCCUGAGAGUAUCUUCCAGUGCAUUUACACAGUGCAGAGCGAUGUCUGGUCUUACGGAGUCCUGCUGUGGGAGAUCUUCUCUCUGGGUAAAAGCCCAUACCCCAACAUUGCCGUGGAUACCAACUUCUACAAGAUGAUCAAAGAUGGCCGCCACAUGGCACAGCCGGACUUUGCCCCGGCAGAAAUCUACCACCUGAUGAAACUCUGCUGGAGCCUGGAGCCCACCGACAGACCCACCUUCAAAUCCAUCGGUCAACUCAUCAAUAGGCUCCUCCCCUCCACCAAUGACACAUCAACGCAUAACAGUGGGCAGCUGAUGUACAAGAACAUCGAUGAGUGCAGAGAAGAAGAGGAGGAGGUUGGAGGAGAAAUACCAAAGGGAGAAGAAGAAGAAGAAGAGCAAGGUCACCGUGACGACCAUGGGGACAGAGAGGAGCGGGAGCCAAUGGUGAAGAACAUCUACCAGCUCUCCUGACCCCUCAUCCAAUCAGAAUGCUUCUCACAAUGUGAAUCAUGGCUGAGAUUGUUCUUCAGCUCUGGAAACUUAAGUGGCACAUUCAGACAGAAAAUUAACCAAACAGAAACUACACUGACACUUGCAUAGCUAACCUUCUUUGUGAUGUCAGGUGGUCAUAUUCUCAGACCGCAUUGUUCUGUCUUUGUUGAUGAUGUAGUGUAAUUCCUUUUCCUGUGGAUUAGCUGACCCUGUUCUGGUUCAACUAGGAGCUUAGCCGCUCUUUAAACUGGAAAUGUGCUAAUUUGGUAGCAUUUAAUUUAGCUCCAUGCUAACUCAGUUAAAUUUAAUAGUUAUAGUUAGCCUCAUGAUAACUUCAAUUUACUUCAGUACUUCAAUUAGCCUGUGAGGGACCGAGCCGGUCAAACAUGAGGACACAGUGGUAGUUUCAAAGAAAAAUGUGUUUUAUUCCCCAAAAUAACAAUAUUUAAUUGUCAUAGAGCCCUUAAAAGAGGUCAAAAUAAAGAAACUAAAUUCAAGUCAAAACUGUGAUUUAACAUAACAAACAUCAAACUAACUGUUUAAACCAAAAUAAACUGACCUACCACACAACGAACAAGGGGACUUAAUUACUGGCUGAUCAGACCAGAGUGUCAAACUAGGAAGGGGAACAUUUAACAAAAAACUAAACAGUUAGUUUAAGAAUAAACUUAAAUGACCAAUAACUAAACAUAACGUCAACUAAAUAAGCAAAUCACAAAAGCAAAAGAACGUAUGCACAAAUUAUAAUAUGACUAUAUGUCUUCCUCCCCCAUGGUGGAGCUCCAAAUUGUAUCACCCAAUUUGGGAUUUGAGUGUGCCAGCCAGUUCAAGAAACUCCCCAAAGCACCGGCAAAACAGAAAAUACCACAUUAGCUUGACAAAAUUAAAUAUACAAAAGUUAACUAAAUGUGCGCAUUACAAUUAGAACUAGUGUAUUUCAAUAGUGUCAAACAAAUGAAAAUAUAAACAAAACCUGUGUACUGCAGUGGGUGUGAUGUGAUAUGGAACUAAAAAAAAACAAAGUGUGGGUGUGGCUGCAGGUUUGGCCAUCACAUAGCCAUUCCAUGAAAAUUCCACGAUUUUGAAUAAAAAAAUCAUCAAAACUGGUGAAGUUAGAUUGAAAAUAACUUUAUAGUGCAAAUCCCUGGAUAAAUAUAACCGUUUAAUGCAUUUUUUCAUUUUACUUUUUUUUUCCUGAUUACAAGGUGCUUCCUCUUACCGCACGUCACUGGCAGUAAGCCACAUGCUAAUUACAGCUCAGUUGGUCACAUGCUAACUACAGCUCAGUUAGCAACAUGCUAACCUACAGUUCGGUCCUGAACAUUUUCUGCCUGUUUUUUGUAUAAUUUGUGUGUUGCUCGUUUCUUAUUUCUGUCAAUGUUAUCAAAAUGUUUUAAAGACAUUGCAGCAAUGGAAUGAUUGUCAGACAUGAUGAGGUGAUCACUGUGCUAUUGAAAAAUUAGUUCUUAACAAAUCAUGUGGCCAUGACAUGAUAACUGCAGAACAUCUGAAAUAUGCUAGCCAUAGAGUUUCUGUGCUACUGGCAAUGUGUUUCUCUGGGCUUGUGAUGCAUGGAAUACUGCCCGAGUCCAUGCUGUCUGUAGUUAAAAACAAAACAGGAAAGUUAAGCAGCAUAGACGACUACAGACCAAUUGCACUGGCGAGCAUUAUGUCUAAGGUACUAGAGGGUAUUCUUAUGGACAGAGUAUACAGCAACCACCGACAACCAAUUUGGUUUCAAGAACAAACAUGGCACGGACCUAUGUAUUUAUACACUUAAGGAAAUUGUCAGCCAGUACAGAAGUCAUAAUAGUACAAUAUUUAUGUGUUUUCUGGAUGCCUCACGUGCCUUUGAUCGUAUUCACCGCGUUAAACUGCUCUUAAAACUACAAUAGAGAGGUGUCCCCUCAUAUCUUAUAAGCAUCCUACAGUCUUGGUAUUCUCACCAAACUAUGCAGGCUAGGUGGGGAAGGAGUACAUCCACACCCUUUCUGGUGUCCAAUUGCGUGCGCCAGGGGGGGGUUUUAUCGCCUUUAUUAUUUAAUUUAUACAUGGAUGAUUUAUCUAAACAGUUCAAUGAGUGUAAAACAGAUUGCAUGGUCGGGGACAACCUUAUCUAUCAUAUGAUCUACGCAGAUGAUCUAGUCGUACUGUCUCCGUACAGUGCUGGCCUACAGCAGCUACUACGGGUCUGUACUAAAUAUGUUUUUUUCAUUUGAUAUAUUGUUCAAUUCUAAAAAGAGUGUUGUUAUGAUCUGCAAAACAAAGGACGAUCAGAAGCUUACCUUUCCCUCUUUUUCUUUGGCAGGAGAAGUAUUAGAGGUUGUAAAGAAGUUUAAAUACUUGGGCCACAUAAUCAGGGAUGAUUUCAGUGACGAUGAUGAUUUGCAGCAUCAGUGCUGUAAGCUAUAUGGCCAAGCCAAUAUGCUGGCACGUAAGUUUCACAUGUGUACAGAUAAAACAUAUUGCACUCCGCUAUAACCCGCUCACUUGUGGUGCCAUUAUACCAGUGCUAAAAUGAAAAAACUACAGGUGGCAUACAACGAUGCUUUUAGAAUUUUUCUAAAAAUCCCUAGAUGGACAAGUGCAAGUGAAAUGUUUGUGACCAGUGAUGUCCCCACUUUCCAUGCUGUACUGAGGAAUUUUAUGUUUAGAUUUAUGUGUAGACUGAAGGAGUCAAAGAAUGCUUUGAUUAUGGCCUUAACAGAGACUACACAGAGCGAUACAAGUUCUCAUCCUGUUUCUGGAAACACUGGAGGAAAUGUUUGUAUGUUUUUAACUAAUUUGAACGGCACAAGUGAAUCUCUUUCUCUUUGUGUUUAAUGUCGGUGUCUUUGUAUCUCAUUUUGUAUUCUGGACCCAGUGUCUGCAAAUAAAGUUUAUAUUCCUGAUAGACAUAAUCAGCUUUAAAGCUAAUAAUCGAUCAACAUAAAUCAAUUUUGUAAUUUCUGGUGUUUUUAAGUGAUUUGAUUGUGGUUGAGAAACUAUUAUCUAUAGUAUACCUUAUACUUUGCUGAUAUUUCUUGUUUGAAAUAAUUUUUAUUUUUUUUUGUUUUCUGUUUUUCAUUUCAAACAUUUUCAAGGUGACGUGUCAUUUAAGUAUCAUAUCAUGUGACAAACCACACAGCAAGUGAUUUCAGUGCUUAGUUGUGUUUUUGUGAAAUCAGCUAGACUGCUCUCCUUCAGUGGUUCAAAGUUCUCAUUCGUACCUUAUCUGUUUUUUCAGAAUAAACUCAGAGUAACAGCAGAGUGUUUGUUUGUUUUCUGGAUGAUUCCACAAUAAACUGGUUCACC